UUGGUUGAAACGAGGCUAAACCUGAGGUUGAGAACUUUUGUCAAGAUGGUUGAGGAGGUUGGACUCAUCCUGAACGGAACACAUCCCAACAUGGGUCUUUUGGCCGGAAAUGUUCCCGGGGGUGUCUUGAAAACCAUUAUCCAAGAACAUGCUCAUUUCGAACAAUUCGUGGAUCUAUUGAAGCGGCGUGGUCACAAAGCGGUAUCUGGACACUUGUGGGGCCUCUUAUUGACUUCUUUUCUAAAGGUCAGUUCCUUUCAUAACGUGGUACCCGUACUCAUCGCUUUGGUAGAGGUUAUACAACGCCGUGAGGUGUGCGAAUCGGUCACAACUUGGAUCUCUAAUUUGGACAUAGCAAAAUCACCCAAUUUUCCCGACGAAAGUGGAGUGCCAAUCAGUGCACAGUACACCGAUCUGGGCGAAUUGUUUAGAGAAUAUGAGAAUUGUCGCUUAGAAGCUAGUUCACCUGCUUCGAUUGCGGAGCUGAAGGCAUGGCAUGAACAUAAUUUUACUAGCUGGACUUGUGAUCUUCGUCCCGGCGAUAUUCCAUUAUUCAAUCUUCCUCCUUCAGGUGAGUUAGCACUCGAACGAGAAGAUAACUAUCAACCAGACCUAGAAAAGGCAUUUCGGCGAAGCAUAACACGGCUCCAGGACAGGGCCACCAGCAUUUCGACGUGGCACAAAGAGAAGUUCCCGGUCAGAAACAGAGCUUGGGAAAUUGCGAACGAACGACUCACAUUUCUUGGGCUCUACGUGGAGCUGGUCACUCACCUUGACUACACUAAGGAUCAAACCCAAGCAUUCUCGUCAUCCGCUUUCAUUUCCAAAGCACAUGAUGGUCAACAGCUUGAAGCAGAACACGCUUCGAUGCAGCCAGUGAACCAUGUGGAUUUCGUAACGGGGGAGACAAAGGAUGCUGUCAUUUUCG